AAGCCAGUCAGAAGAGGAAAAAGUCAGAAGAGGAGGCAUCAUGGAGCAAUUCGGAGUGGUCUCGGACAGUGCAGCGCCACUGCUUGUGGCCUCGCUCCUCGCCGCCGUGGCCUUCUUCCUCCUCACGCUGGUCAGACAUGGCGGCAAGCACGGCCGCCUCCCCCCGGGCCCCAUGGCGCUCCCCUUCAUCGGCCACCUCCACCUCAUCCGCCCGCCCCCCCACCGCGCGUUCGACCGCAUCAUCAACCGCUACGGCCCGCUCGUGUACCUCCGCCUCGGCCCCUCCACCCACUGUGUCGUCAUCGGCUCCGCCGACGUCGCCCGCGACGUCCUCAAGUUCGAGGGCAGCAUCCCGGAGCGCCCGCUCACGGCGGUCACGCGGCACCUCGCCUACGACUCGGCCGGCUUCGCCUUCGCGCCCUACGGCCCGCACUGGCGCUUCAUGAAGCGCCUCUGCAUGUCGGAGCUGCUCGGCCCGCGCACCAUCGAGCAGCUGCGCCCCGUCCGCGCCGCCGAGCUCGUUGGCGUCAUGCAGGCGGUGACCGAGGCGGCCGCCAAGGGCGAGACCUUGGACAUGAGCAGGCAGCUCGUUCGCAUGUCCAACAACGCCAUCAUGCGGAUGGUGGCGAGCGAGCUGCCGGGCGACAUGGCCGACGCGGCUCGGGACUGCGCCAAGAAGGUGGCGGAGCUGGUGGGCGCGUUCAACUUGGAGGACUACGUGGCGCUGUGCCGCGGCUGGGACCUGCAGGGGCUCGACCGGAAGACGCGCGACGUGCGCGCCAGGUUCGACGCGCUGUUCGAAUCCAUGAUCAAGGCCAAGGAGAAGCAGCGGCGUGAGGAAGCAGACGAGACCGAGACCAAGACCAAGGACUUGCUUGACAUUCUCAUGGACGCGGCGGCGGACCCGGCCGCGGAGGUCAAGCUCACCCGGGACAACAUCAAGGCGUUCAUCCUCGACAUCUUCACUGCCGGAUCGGACACGACGGCCACCACCGUGGAGUGGAUGCUGGCAGAGCUGCUCAACCACCCGGACUGCCUGCAGAAGCUGCGGGCGGAGCUGGAUGCCGUGGUGGGCAGGUCCCGGGUGGUGGGCGAGCCGGACGUGGCCCAGAUGCCGUACCUGCAGGCGGUGCUCAAGGAGACCCUGCGGCUGCGGCCGCCGGCGGUGUUCGCGCAGCGGGAGGCGAUCGAGCCCAUACACGUCCGUGGGUACACCAUCCCUGUCAAGACGUCCGUCUUCUUCAACAUCUUCUCCAUCGGCCGCGACGCGGCGUGGUGGGACGAGCCGCUCGAGUUCCGGCCGGAGCGGUUCAUGCCAGGCGGGGCCGGCGAGGCCGUGGACCCCAAGGGGCAGCACAUGCAGCUCAUGCCGUUCGGGAGCGGGCGGCGCGCGUGCCCCGGCAUGGGCCUGGCCAUGCAGGCCGUGCCGGCGUUCCUGGCCGCGCUGGUGCAGUGCUUCGACUGGGAGGUGCCAAAUCCGCCGCUGGACAUGGAGGAGGAGGCGGGGCUGGUCACCGCGAGGAAGGAGCCGCUCGUGCUCCUACCCACGCAGCGCCUCUAUCCACUACCCCUUCCUUGAAUGCUUCCAUGCAUCCAUCCAUGAACUUUGGGUCCUAGAUCCCGAUUGUAUCACAUACUCCCUUCCAUAAAUGCGCCGGUGCAUGAACAAGAAUGCAAUUGUAACAAUCCAUGGCACGGUUGCUUUGAGAUUGAUGCUACCAUUUUUUUAGGUGUUCUUCCCGUUUGUAUCAUAAGAGCAUCUCCAGAAACGUGUACUUUGGUUUUCGGGAGUA